GACUUAAGCCCUUUCUCUUAAAAACCGUCCAUAUGGCAUAUACAUUAUACACUUAGUAGUUUGUCGCAGUGAUCAUUUUGCAUUUAUUUUUCCAUAGAAAACUAAUUGGUAUUUUUCAUAAUUUCAUCCACAUUCCACGGCAGUGACUAGUAACUAGUAAGUACUAAGUAGUGAGUAUUGAGUACUAGUAGUGACCAUUGACCAACGCUGUUGUCGCGGACUGAAGGUGUCAGAUAUGUCAUCAGAUAAGAAACCAUUAGUUAAACGAGUGCAGGCGCCGUAUUAUUUUAUUAAGAAGAGGAAAGGAAAUGAACCAUUUCUUUUCGAAGAACUUAUUUCAUUUCUACGUCUACAUUUUCGGGACAAUGAUAUUUACUUUUAUGAUGCGAAAAAAAGUCAAGAAUUCGUAAAAGCAUUACGGUUGGCAUUUGAUGUUGUUCAUGAUGAUGGCGAUGGUGAUAGAUUAUCAAAAAUUGAAGAAAUUUAUUUUUAUGGGUCUUCGAGUUCCGGUUACCACAUCAUGGAUAAAGAAGAGGAUAAAGACCCAAAGAGGGGUGAGUUUUUUCAUGUCUAAUACCUGAUAGUCAUAAUCGU